CCCGGUGCGCUGAGCAGCGGAGCGGGAACAUGGCGAGCGUAGGAAACGGCACGGAGGAGAGCGGCGGCUGCGAGGAGGAAAAUUUUGAAGAUGCCUUUGAAAACAUACCUGUUUAGGAGUGAUGGAUUAGAAUUAGGCUGCAGCACAGAUUGGGAAAAUCUCCCAGCAUCCUCUUCCCACAGAGGCAUCAGCUUCCAGCAUUGACUGUAUCUGCUGCCACUCUAACUGACAUUUCUUUUGAAUUCGGCUAUGGAGAGUGCCUGUGCUGCCAGCUGCUGUCUCAGGAACUUUUAUCCUUUUAUUCUUUCUAUGUGAUAACUCAUUAAUGAAACAUCAUGCAUACUGAGAAAUAAAACAGAAGGAGUUUUCUUUGUGCUUUUCUUCUUCGUGUGUGUGCAGUGGAAAAAGAACAGAGUGAAAGAAGCAGCACUUAUAUUUGGCUAAGGACUAUAUUUACAUACCUGGAGUUAACUGAAUUAACCCUGGCAUCCAAGAUGGACCUCAAAUGUGCUCUAGAAGAAUGUUCGAUGGCACUGAACUUAUUUCUAAACAACAAGUUCUCUGAAGCCCUAGAACUACUUCGUCCCUGGUCUAAGGAUAGUAUGUACCAUGCCCUUGGGUACAGCACUAUUUUAGUUAUGCAAGCUGCUAUGACCUUUGAACAGCAGGAUAUACAGAUGGGAAUUUCUACAAUGAAGGAAGCUUUGCAAACUUGCCAAAGAUUCAGGAAAAGAAACACGGUGGUGGAAUCCUUGUCCAGCCUAGUUUCUAAACAGUCAAUGGAUCAGUUGAGUGAAGAGGAAAUGCAUGCUGAAAUCUGCUAUGCUGAAUGCUUACUACAGAAGGCAGCUCUCACUUUUGUGCAGGAUGAAAAUAUGAUCAACUUUAUCAAAGGUGGCCUCAAAAUUAGGACAAGUUACCAAAUAUACAAAGAAUGUCACCAGGUGCUACAGAUGACUCAGGGGAACAAAAACAAAAAUGAAACUUACUACCAGUUUGAAGGAGGAGUAAAACUUGGAGUUGGAGCAUUCAACUUGAUGCUGUCACUUUUACCAGGAAGGAUCCUCCGGCUUUUAGAAUUUAUUGGAUUUUCUGGCAAUAGGGACUUGGGCCUCCGUCAGCUACGGGAAGGCGCAUCUGGGAGCAGUUUGAGGGCCAUUCUGUGUACUUUCACCCUGUUGGUUUAUCAUACUUACGUCUCCUUAAUCCUUGGUACAGGGGAAGCCAACAUUCAGGAAGCAGACAGUCUUCUUGAACCCUACCUCCAGAAAUUUCCAAACGGUUCCAUUAUUCUAUUUUAUGCUGCCAGAAUAGAUAUACUGAAGGGAAAUUUUGAAAAGGCGCAGUUGAGGUUCCAAGAAUGCAUAGCAGCCCAGCAGGAGUGGAAGCAGAUUCAUCAUCUUUGUUACUGGGAGCUUAUGUGGUGCUUCACCUUCCAACAGAACUGGCUUCAAGCAUAUCAAUAUGCAGACCUGCUCAGCAAAGAGAGCAGGUGGUCUAAGGCAAUAUAUGUGUUCCAGAAGGCAGCAAUUUUGUGUAUGCUUCCAGAGGAUGAUUUGAAAAGGACUGGUGAGGACAUUGUAUCUCUAUUUAGACAGGUGGAUGGUCUGAAACAGAGAAUUGCAGGAAAAUCUAUCCCAACUGAGAAGUUUGCAGUAAGGAAAGCUCGACGCUAUGCAAGUUCUCAACCAGUGAAGCUUAUAUUACCUGCCCUGGAAAUGAUGUAUGUCUGGAAUGGCUUUGCGAUAGUGGGCAAAAGACCAGACCUUACUGAAAACUUACUGGUAACAAUUGAAAAAGAAGAAACCGCUCUACAAAAUGAAACUAAUCACAGUGAAUACUAUAUGGAUGAUGUGUGCAUGUUGCAGUUACUGAAGGGCCUCUGCCUGAAACACUUGGGAAGACUAAUGCAAGCUGAACUGUGUUUCAGUAGAGUAAUUCAAAGUGAGAAGCAAAUAAAAUACGAUACUUAUUUGGUGCCAUUCACUCUAUAUGAGUUGGGUCUUCUGUACAAACAACAGGAUGACAGAGAAAAAGCAAUAAGAUACAUAGAAACUGCAAAAAACAACUACAAAGAAUACUCUAUGGAGUCCAGGUUGCACUUCAGAAUUCAUGCAGCGCUUGACAUCUUGAGGGUGUCGUUUGCUUCAACACCUUGAAUGAGGAUGGAUACAUUUCAUGCAUACAAUAACCUAUAUGAUCUUUUCUGCGAUGUUUUUUAGUCAUGGAAAAAUUGUUUUCUGUCAUCUCUGAUUUGAUGUAUGUCAUUCCUUUAGACUAUUCUUUUUCUAUGUCUCUCAGAUACUGUAUCUACUUGAUACUUCAAAGAAGACCUUUUAUUUUGUUUGAUAAAGAUAAUCUAAUAUUUGACUUGAAUGGGGGAUAUUAUAAAAAAAAAGUUGAUGGUGCAAUAAAAUUUAAUGCAAACACUUUAUUUUUUUAUAUGAAAACAGAUGCUGUGUUUAUGCAGUGAAACAGGUGACAGUUCCUUUAUAUUUUGAAGGUUUGGGUUUCUGUAGUAUGCUUGAGACCUUUUACCUCGGUAACAAAGAUGUGCUGUCUGCAGAUAACCUUACCCACAUUUGAUCUGAAGAUUGUGUUCCAGAGUUAAAAAUAUGUUAUCUUUGACUUUAAUUUCGUUUUGGGAAUGCAUUGACUCUGUCUGAAGUGCAAUAUUUUACAUUGUCAGUUAAAGUUGAGCAGGGCUACAGGUUUGAUGUCUUUGCAGGUCUGUUUCACUCAAGGUAAGUGGUUACAGGGGAUAUUUUUCAGUCAGAUAGAAGCAGGGCUACUGGAGACUUUAAGAGGUCAUGUAUUCUGUGUUCUUGUCCUAAAGCAGAAUUGGCAGUCUUAUGUCCUCGACAGACUUGUUUAACCUGUUACUUGGCUUUGUUUUGUUUUGGUUUUUUAUCUUUUUAAAACAAGCAAACAAACAACUUGCACUGAGAGAGAUAUUGUAACUUACAAGGGAUGUCUUUCCCAGUGGGAAAAGACUGGGAAAUUUUUCCUAACAUUUACUCCA